UGUGACGAACUUUCCGAAACUGGGAGGACUGAAAGGCCUGUAGAGUUUCAGGUCAGUGGAGAAGAUUUAGCUGAGAUAGCAGGUGGUGAAGUUGCCAUUACCAACCUAAACUCCAAGGGUGAAGAGUUUUCGUUUCAGAUUCGAUUCAGUCUUACAAGUGAAAAACGAAAAGGGAGACCUCAAGAGGCAAAUGCUCGCCUCAAAUUUGUUUAUUUUCCAAUCGUCCAGGGAAAAGAAAGCAUCGAGAAAAUUUUGGAGGGGCUAGCACAGGAAGGAUGCGAAGUUUCCGAAAACUUCCAGACUUUUGGUCGUGUUUCAGUAAGAAGGCUUGGUCGUCUACUUCCAGAAGUCCGUUGGGGUUCAAUACCGUUUAUGCAAAAAGGUUUCAGAGCGUCUACUUUGGAGAAAUCUUGCCGAAGAGUAAAAUGCUUUAUCGAUUUGGAUGCUGGUUUUAGCCCAACGCCCUCCAAAACCGACCUCGCAAGCCAAAAUCCUUUCUCGGUGGCUCUAAGAAACUUCGGAAGUAAACCGACAAAUAAGGAGAAGGAUACUGAUGUCAAAAUGGUGAUUCGACGAGAAGGAAAACAACUCGGCAUCACACAACUGGACCAGAACUAUCAGGAUUGGGUUAUGAAGAUGCAUGAUGCCCAUGAUGAAGAGGCCACGUCAGGUGAAGAUGAAGGCAUUCUCGUUCUUGAGUCCUUGGAUAAAAAGGCUCUUGGCAUCUUGCGUGAUGCUGUGAGGGUGCACAAGGUAGUUAAGAGAAAAGGAAAGUUGUGGAAACGUGGCCAGAAAAUAAAGAUUCUGAGCGGAGCUUACGCUGGGGUUCACAAUGGUAAUGUCUACGCUACCAUUGACUAUUUUCUAAUAGAAGGGUUUGAGGACGAAGCAGGCGGUGAUACUCGGAUUCUAUGCAGGCCUAUCGAUUGCCCUGAGAAAGAAGGAUGCAAGCUUUCAUGCAUCGAUGAAAGUUGGAGACUGGAACUUAAGAAGUCUUUGUCCUUACCUAUUACUUUAAUCGACUCUGGAAAGUGCCUACAUGCAGAUGCUGAAGAAUGGACUAGAAAACUUGAAAAGAAACAGGAAAAGGCACCUUCGAGGAUUGAUUUACUGGAAGAGAGGGAUUGCAGAGAAUUGAACAUUGAUGGGGAACUACCAGUUUCUGUGCGUGUUGGGAGAGCUCCCCCGCAACAGAUUGUGGCGGUUAUCCGACCUGCAUGCUUCACAUCACCGUCAAAGAAGUUGGAGCAGAAGCAUAUCGUUAAUAUGGAGGGCAAAGAGAUGGUCAUGGUGGUAAAACUGGCAGAUCCAAACACGAAACCGAGUGCUAAGGUUGCCGCCAAAUCCGUGUGUUCUCAGCGCUUGUUUCCUACAUCUCGUAAAGGGAUUGGUGGUCUUUACAUCUUCUCCCUUGGCUCCAAGUUUCCUAACCUCUUCAAGAGAGCUGGAACUUACAACUUUUCUUUCUCUAUCGGCGGCUCGAUAACGUGCAGCAGAACGGUUGUUGUUAAACCUUCUUCAAAGGCAGCAAAGUGGAAACUUGAUGAGAGUCUGGACCCCCAGCCGUGGAAUGUUCGGGUUGGUUCGUGUCUAAAACCUUUCGGUAUUGCCUGCUUAGAUGAGUAUGGAAAUCAGAUACAGUUCACUUCUGUUCCAAGCUUGGAAGUUGAACUGAAAGCCAACUCUGGAUUUCAACUCAAGAUUGAUGACUUUGAGGCCAACCUGAUAGAUGGAGGAUCAACUCUCAUGAUCAAGGAAAUGCUCGUUGAGACUGAUGGAUUAGACAAGAUCAGCCCAAACUAUGAUGCAACCUUGGAGAUACGAGCACAAGACAAACCUCUAUGUGUCACGAUUGCUUGUAAAUUGAACCCCGGGCCUCUGGAACGUGUUGAAGUGAAUAAUCUUCAGGCUUUUGAAAAUUUGCUUCCAGGUUCUACUGUUGAAAAUUUGAUUCUGGAGAUGUUCGAUGGAUUCAAUAACCACGUUGCAGAAGGGACCACUGUUCUGAUAAAUACUGAUGGCUAUCGUAUUGAAGAUUGGAUGGGCGCUGACCGUAAGGUUGAUGGCCGUGGCUGCAUUGAUCUCUCUGGCAUUCUCAAAGUCACAGAAGGCUAUGGAAAACAUGUCUCGUUCUCUGUUGUGUCUGAUUCUAAAGAGAUAUUUCGGAAAGAGUCUCAGAUCGAGGAACGAGAGCUAAGGCUUGUAACAGAGCUGCCCGGGCCAUGUACUGCCGGUUCAAAUCUUACGAACCUCAUUUUCAAAGUGACGGAUUCAGAUGGUUCUAUGGAUACUAGUAUCCAUCAUGACGAAAAAACCAGGUGUUCCCACACCCUGAGCGUUGAAUCUGAUUCAAGCAGAGUUGAGAGUGGAAUCAGAUAUGCCUUUGUCCACGGUUCCUGCAAAGUUCCUUCUCUAUCCCUACCUGAGACCGAUGGUAUCUUCUCCUUCAAGGUUUUCCAUUCUCGGUAUCCUGAGCUUCAUGUGGAUUUAAAGAUUCUGAUAACGCCUCCUCCAGCAAUUGAAAGAGAUGACAACAUUGGGUGUUCAACACCUUACUCAAGGAUGACAUCAACACCUCAAUCAGGGAUGGCUUCAACCACAAAUCGACCAGGGGUGGUGACUCCAACUCCCGGUUUAGGAUUGGAACGAACUCCAUGUUCACAGUUUGGAGUUUUGGCCAUUAGGUCACCGUCUUUGGAUGGCAGUUGCCCAUCUGGCGUGAUGGAUAUAGUGCAGUACACACAGAGUUUAAAACAAGAACUCAGUACAUACAAGUCCCAGCAAGAGGAAAAAGAUGAGCGUCUAAAAUGUUUGGUGGCUGAACAAGAACAGGCUGACCAAGAGUUGAUUACUUUGCAAGCUUCUCUGGAUUCUAUUUGUGAAGCGCUACCGGAAUGCCUAUCUACCAGAGAGUCAAUGAUGAAACACAUUGAAGAGGAGCAUCAGGACACUGCAGCAUCGGUGUUUUGUUCUUUGACAAAAGAUGUUCCGCCUCCGCGGUCUUGGAAUCUGUCAAACAGAGGAGUGUUUGGCAUUGUAGCCCUUCUUGGUUCAGUUGCCUCCACCUCACUAAGCAGGGUAUUAUCUGCAUAUUUGGGGAAAGACACAAUGCUUGCGCUCGUAUGCAAAUCAUCAGAAUAUAGUCCAAGCUUUGAUGAGUACCUGAAGCUUCAAGCUGAAGCAGCUAGGCUCCGACGUCCCAUAACCAAUCCUUUGCAAGUUAUUUGUCUUGAUGCAACCAGAACUUGGAGAAGUGGACUUGUGGAAAAUGAUCCUCAGAGGAGAUUAGCGAUGGUUAACCCUUCCCAACGCAAUGGAGAUCCCAUACCAGGCUUCAAAGGUUACGCUGUGAAUAUGAUCGAGCUGGCUUUAGGUGACCUGGAUAUAGGGACAAAGUCGGGUCACGGGCUUAGAGAGACACUCUUCUAUGAACUUUUUGGAGACCUGCAAGUGUACGAGACAGGAAAGGAUCUCGAAGCAGCCCUUUCUUACCUCGUUGGUGUGGAUGCUGUGUCUCUAGAUGGUGUGAUCAAAACAAGAAAAGGAUUUCUAUUCUCUGGAUCCUGCAUUCCGGAAGUUCAUUUCCCAAUAACAGUACCAGAGAACCACGAGAAGACGUUAUUGAAGCUGGAAAUAACGAGGGAAAAGAAGAGAAAGCGUGAGGAGGAGAUACUUAAGGAGGAAGGUUUGUUGAAGAAGAUAGGGAAAAAGCUGAAGAAGGCAACGCAGAAGUACAAACGUUGCACAGCCAUGUCUGAGUCUCAGGACAUAUAAAAUGUUGUGGGACACACUUAAUAAAAAAAGUAUUUUGGUGUUAGUUUUAGUUCAUGAAAACUUGGAACUUGUUUAUUAUGUCGGUUAGGGCUGAUCUUUUGUGGAUAUGAUCGUCGUUGGUUGUUUGCUUUAACCUAUGUUCUCAAUGUUUAUAUAAGUAGACUCUUGUAUGCUGCAAGAACAA